UGUUCGCCCAUUAAUACUCAUUACAAAUGGUACUAAUGAAACCGCAAUUACAGAUAAUCCUACUAUCAUGAAUCCCACUCGCAUGUCAGCAGCAAAAGCUUUAAAAACCGCCGCAAAUAUUAAACCUCCAAUGUUGCCUCCUGCUCCUACUAAUCCUGUAACUAUUCCCGAAGCUGCCGGGUCGAUAUAG